UACUCGUGGAAGUGUCAAAUCAAGUUGCAACUAUAACUUUAAACAGACCAGAACGUGGUAAUGCCCUUACUUCUGAAAUGGUAACAGAAUUCCUUAACAUUUUUACCAAAAUUGAAGAUGAUACUUCAAUACGUAUUAUUGUAAUAACUGGAGCAGGAAAAUUUUUUUGUACGGGGCUAGAUUUACAAAUCUCAAGUACAAUACCUGAAGAACUUUCAAAUAUUUUUGAAAUAGGUUAUCGAUUUUAUAAAACUAUUAAAGAUUGUCCUAAACCCGUGAUCGCUAAGAUAAAUGGUCCGGCUUUAGGUGGUGGUCUAGGCUUGGUAUUUACAACAGACAUUAGAAUAACAUUAAAAGAUGCAUAUUUUUCAUUUCCGGAAGUAAAAAGAGGCGUUGUACCAGCUAUAAUUUCACGAUAUGUUGUUCCAGAAAUUGGUUUGUUUAAGGCAAAACAAUAUAUGUUGACAGGAGAAUUACAUGACAUCCAAGAUUGCUCAAAUUUACUUCCUCAUUUGCACUUUUGUCUACUAUAUCUGUGA